GUCGGCUGCUGGUCCUGUCAGUCGGUAACGCUGCAGGCGCUAAGCUGUCACAACCGCCGCCGCCGCCGCCGCCGCGACGCACCAGAGGACAAGCGACGACGUCUCCACCUCGUGCGCCCUCAGGAAUGUCGUAGUGUCCGAGAAGACGCUGCGCGAGCGCUCGUCGACGCGAACCGACCCUUGCCGAGGGUAGUUCGACGCGCCGCCCUUAUCAGGCCCCCACCUCGGCGCGGCGCCGUAACAGACAGCAUCGCGGCGCCGACGAGUUCGUACGGCACCUGCACCAAUCACGGCCACAUCAUAACUUCAUAUUCCGAGAUGAGUGCUUCUUGUAGUUAGGUGUAAACUGGUGACUGUGAACUGUGAUUGUGAUGUCUCGCAGGAAGCAGGCGAGGCCCAUCCGCCUCCUGGAGGACGACGACGCACCGGCGUUUCCUGCGGCCGCUCCAGUCCUCGAUGAACCUUCGGCAUGCAUCGAUCGGGAUAUGUCGUUGGCUUCGUCGCAAGAUCUGCCUGAUGUACUGAUGUGUCAGCGAUGUCAAGAACAGUUCACCGAUCUUCAGGAGUAUUUAACGCACAAGGCCGAAUGCGAGAAAAAGGCUAUCAAGCAUGACGAUCCCGCUCAUUCCGACCCUGAAGACAUGGUGAUUUCCGAAGAAGACGAGGACGACGACGACGCGGGUGGAAAGCGGUUGGAGCGAAUGCGUCGACAUCGACAAGACGCCGCAAACAAUAAUAGUGUCGAAGAAAAUUCUCCGGACGAAAACAGUGCGCGACUGACCUUUCCGUUUACACUUCCUUCUGCACCGGGACAUGUGACACUGGAGGCCCUCCAAAAUACCAAGGUUGCUGUGGCUCAGUUUGCGGCUACAGCUAUGGCUAACAACACGGACAAUGAAGCGGCUCUUCAAGAAUUGGCUGUACUGCAAUCUACUCUGUUUACUUUACAACAUCAACAAGUCUUGCAGUUACAACUUAUAAAUCAGUUACAACAACAACUUCAAAUUGAUAGGUCGAAAGCAGCGAGUCCCGUUUCACCACCGCCGUCAGAAAACGAUGGCGAUAACGCACCGGCAGAAGCGUCACCACCUCCCCAAAAUCUUCCAGUGUCGCGGGAACCGACUCCAGCGCCGAUAAUUCAACCACCGAUCAAUCAAUCCAUUACACAACAGCCUUCAGAACCUUCGGAAAAUCAAAUGACUGAAAUUCAUGUUCCUUGCUCUCUACCUCUACAGUCGCAACAUUGUUCCAUUUCGUCGUCACUGGCUUCUACAAUUAUCACUCACAACAAUGAACCACCUUCUUUAGAUGAACCAAAUACUUUAGAAAUGUUGCAAAAGAGAGCUCAAGAAGUAUUAGACAACGCCAGUCAGGGACUGUUAGCCACAAACCUAGCCGACGAACUAGCGUUUAGAAAAAGUAAAGGUUCUUUAUCUCCGUAUGAUUCAAAAGGACGAAAUGAGCCCUUCUUUAAGCAUCGGUGUAGAUAUUGUGGUAAAGUUUUUGGAUCUGAUUCGGCAUUACAAAUACAUAUCCGUUCUCAUACCGGAGAACGCCCCUAUAAGUGCAAUGUUUGCGGUAGUCGUUUUACUACCAAAGGCAAUUUGAAAGUACAUUUUCAAAGACAUAGUGCAAAAUUUCCUCAUAUCAAAAUGAAUCCAAAUCCGGUUCCGGAACAUCUUGACAAAUAUCAUCCACCUUUGUUGGCCCAAUUAGGGCAACAACCUUCGUUAUCUCCAGGCGGUCCUCCACACCCACCUCACAUGGGCUUCCCCGGAGGACACCAUUUCCCUCCUACUUCUUUACCAUUGUACAGGCCUCAUGGACCACCACCUCCUGAUUUAAUAAACAGCAGAUUACAACCCUCGCCUCACAGACCACAGGAUCAACCACAAAGGUUAUUUCCACCACAUCCGCUUUUUAUGAAACGAGAGGAACAAGAAGCUCCCGAAAAUCUUAGCAAACCAAUAAGAUCUCCAACUCCCAUACGAGAAACCCACCCGUGCAAGACGGAAGUUUCCGAGGAGAAACGUGAAUAUCACGAAGAUUCACAUACGACAUCCACUGUUCCUCAGAUAACACCAAAACAAGAACCAAACGAUCCCGAUAAUGACGUAGAACACGAACCCGAACGCUAUUCUUCCCCUACUCCGUAUGACGAAUGUAGUAUUGACAGUAGUAAAUACAGCAACGAAGAUAUGCUGGGAACGAGGAGUCCGGGUGCAGAUCAGUCGGAAAAUAUGCAGGACGAACCAGAAAAUCUCUCCAAUAAAAGUAAUUCCAUAACAGUUCCUUUGAGUAUUUCCACGGGUCAGAGGUUGCCCGCGAAUUUUUCGUUCGGACAAGUGAGUUCUCCGCCUAGCAGUACGUCGUCAGGUAGUUUAGGACCAUUUCCAGCAACCGCGUUGGUCGAUCCAGCUAAAGACCCCGCUAUCUACUCGAAUUUAUUACCAAGACCCGGAAGCAACGACAACUCAUGGGAAAGUCUGAUAGAAGUAACAAAAACUUCGGAAACUAGCAAACUUCAACAGCUAGUUGACAAUAUCGAACAUAAACUUUCAGAUCCAAAUCAGUGUGUGAUAUGUCAUCGAGUGUUGUCGUGCAAAAGCGCUUUGCAGAUGCAUUAUCGAACUCACACCGGCGAACGGCCUUUUAAAUGUAAGAUUUGCGGUCGGGCAUUCACCACUAAAGGCAACCUUAAAACACAUAUGGGUGUGCAUCGAGCUAAGCCCCCUAUGCGUGUCUUACAUCAGUGUCCGGUUUGCCAUAAAAAGUUCACAAACGCUUUAGUUCUUCAGCAACACAUUCGCCUGCAUACGGGCGAACCAACUGAUCUCACUCCAGAACAAAUACAAGCUGCAGAAGUUAAAGAAUUUCCCUCUCCAGGAGGUUUUCCUUCGCUUCAUAAUUCCAUUAAUCCAUUCCUAGGGCAAGGAUUUGCCGUUCCUGGUUUGUCUCCGUUGGGUUCCACUGGACUUCAUGUAAAUCAAAAAUUCGACAAGUUUGACAAAGAUGAACACGAAUCAAUGGACGACGAUGACGAUGAUGACGACGAAAUCAGUAAUUCCGAAAAUCAAAAUCCCCCAUUUGUUUCAUCGCCAUCAGACAUGCAAGGCGUGCCAACGACCGCGACUUCUCACUUAUCUGGAAGCGGAUUAAGUUGUUCUGCUGAAGACUUGUGCUCGAACAGAACGGUGGCGUCUGCGUCUCCGGUCCAAAAUGGUGAGAAAUCGCCUUCCCAGUCUGGUAUCACUAGUCCAGGAAGCUCAGAAAUUCGUUCUUCGCCGAAUCGAAUUUCGACAACGCCCGUCCAGAUUCCACGUCCACCUUCGUCACAACAAGCCGGCAGUCCGACCCCUUCUGAGUGCAAUUCUCUGGGUGCUUUAGAUUUAACACCCCGAACUAACCAGCCUUUAAUCACAAGUCCGGGUCCGAGUCCUGGUCCUCCACCAUCUCUAUUUUCAACGUUUGGAUUGAUACCACCAGGUCAAGGUUCUACACCCUUGAUGUCGUCAGCACUUUCAUCGUUGACGUCGUCUGUUCUGACAUCAACAGCUUUCAGUCCAUUGCGUUUAGCUGUUGGCCCACCAGGACGUGGGAAUACCACCUGUAACCUAUGUUUCAAGACUUUCGCCUGCAAUUCAGCUCUGGAAAUUCAUUACAGAAGUCACACUAAAGAACGUCCUUUUAAAUGUACUGUCUGCGACAGAGGCUUUUCAACGAAGGAGAGAUGUGUGUGCAGAGAGAGGCGUAUCCAGGAUGAAGACGAGCCUUGGAAAGCAUGUAAAAGGAAGCCUGCUCGUCGCAAGACAAUACCAUCGGUAUUUCCUCUACCGAUGAGCCCUGGAUACGCCUCAAACUGGAUGCAUAUCGCGGGUAAUAUGAAGCAGCACAUGUUAACACAUAAAAUAAGGGACAUGCCUCAGCAUAUGUUUGAAAAUAAACCUCCUAUCAGCGGAGAGGAAUCUUCGCAACAAACACAGCAAAAUUUACCUCCACGAGAAGCACAAUCCGGUGAAGGGGAACAGCCGAAUGCACCCACACAACCUGCCGCAAACGAACAAAAUAAGGAGCAACCAGUUAAGAGAGAACCAACUGAGACUGAACUGCCUUUGCCAAAGCGUCCACCCAGCUUACAGGCCAGUAAGCACUUGUGCCACGUAUGCAAUAAGAACUUCUCGUCCAGCUCGGCCUUGCAGAUACACAUGCGUACGCACACGGGCGAUAAGCCGUUCAGAUGCACCGUGUGUCAGAAGGCCUUCACCACCAAAGGAAACCUUAAGGUACAUAUGGGAACUCAUAUGUGGAGCAACGGAGCAUCACGUCGAGGUCGGCGCAUGUCUCUAGAUCUGCCUCCCAUUCCCAUGACACCCAAGGAUUCAGAAUUUCUGCAGCGGAGACCCGACCUUUUUUAUCCGUACCUACCGGCUCCAUUCCUUAACGGCAUGCAGCAAAAGCUGAACGAAAUGUCAGUAGUACAGAAUAAUCAAAAUGGAAUGAGCGGAGCCGGCAAGUACAGUGGUCUAUUGGGUUUCGGCUACCCACCGCCAGAGUCGCUGCGAUCGCAGGGUGGUUCACCGGAACGACCCGAGAGGCCUCCCAGUCGCGAACCGGAGUCCCGGAGUUUGUGGGAUCUCCAUUUCGAACGAAAAUCGGCCCCGGAAGCCCCCCGAGAAGAGCUGUUGCCGGCGAGCAGAGAGGGCUUGGCUGCCUGAAACUGGAAUGGCUACCAUGUUCCUAUUUCAACUAGUCUAAGAGCGGAUCGGGGCAAUGCAUACUGUGAUACAUCAGCCGUAAAAGCUGCAGGGACAGCCACUAAUACUGCUGUGUCUUCUUAGAGUUAUUUUCAAUAUUAGAACUUGUAUCAUAAUAGUUAAGUGUAUAUGACUUAAUUCGUAUAUCGUUUGCUGUGUUAAUAUACGUGUCGGGGACGCUGGCGAUGCCAGUUUCUAGCUUUACUACACUCUGUAUAUAAAUACUACAUAAAUGCAUUUGAGAAUCACUGUAACGUAUGUUUGAUGUUGUCCAUGAGUUUGUUGAACCUGCUUAGCAGGUAACAUGGCAUUCAAUGUAUAUAUCACUCUGUACGAUGAGACUGUUUCAUAUUAUUGAUGUAAUGCUUUCCCCCUACCUUCCUUCCUUCCUUCCCCGUUUAAAAUCCUUACAUUUUCUCACUUAAUUCAACUUUUAUUUUUGGUUUAGAUUACCUGUUCAUGAUCUAUCCUCAAGAUGACAUUAAUACGUAUCUGAAUUGAUAGAUAUUGUUUGUAAACAUAUGAGAUUUAUAAAAAUAAUACAGUGUAAAUGUAAGUAAUUUGAAAUGUUUUUAUUUCAGGAUGAAUGUACAAAUAUUUUUAACUGGUGCGCUAUUUAACUAUGUCUGUAUUUAUA